AUGGCGAACGCGGCGUCGGGAAUGGCGGUGGAGGACGAGUGUAAGUUGAAAUUUUUGGAGCUAAAGGCGAAAAGAAACUAUAGGUUCAUAAUAUUCAGGAUAGACGGACAACAAGUGGUGGUGGAAAAGCUGGGAAGUCCCGAGGAGAACUACGACGAUUUCUCCAAUUCCCUACCGGCCAAUGAAUGUCGUUAUGCUGUCUAUGACUUCGACUUCACCACUGCUGAGAAUUGCCAGAAGAGCAAGAUCUUCUUCAUAGCAUGGUCGCCGGAUUCAUCGAGGGUGAGGAUGAAGAUGGUGUAUGCGAGCUCAAAGGACAGGUUCAAAAGAGAAUUGGAUGGGAUUCAGGUGGAGUUACAAGCCACGGACCCGAGUGAGAUGAGUCUCGACAUCAUCAAAAGUCGAGCUCUCUAG